AUGAGCCUUCGCGUUAGCAACCUCCGAUUUGAUCACCACGAGUCAGGUCUAGGUGUUGCCAGCGCUUCGCCAUGCCUGUCGUGGAAGCUUGUCCCCGCCGCCGGAGCAAGUGAUAUCCCGAAGGAUUGGCUACAGACAUCGUAUGAGGUGGAGGUGAAGCGCGCCUCCGGCAUCAAGAACUUUCCAAACAUACGAGGCAACACCACCACCCUCGUACCAUGGCCAGAUGAUCCUCUAGUGUCUCGCGAGGUUGUCGAGGUCCGUGUCAAGUCAACUGGGACGGAUGGAAUAUCUACAGAGUGGUCGGCCUGGAGAAAGGCCGAAGCAGCCUUGUUCAAUCCAGAAGACUGGCAAGCCGACUUUAUAACCGCGCCGAAACGAAAUGACGAGAAACACCCCGACGAGAACGAGGUUGGCGAAGGUUGGGUCACACAGGAAAUCAAGCCUAUAGACAUGUUUAUGGACGCGGAUGGCAAGACACUCGUGGAUUUUGGACAGAACUUGGUUGGUAAAGUGCGCAUCUCGAAGCUCGCUCGGCCAGAGGAACACGCGUUACAAUCCGUUACGCUGAAGUCCUUGAGAAUGGGAAACUGGGCACCCGGCCGCUCCGAGCAGCUAAGGCGACGAACAGCAUUAUUUUUGGCGACAGGGGACGUCCUUGACCCGCUCUCGCUGGACUCGCUCACUGCGCUUGUCGUGCAUACGGACAUGCGACGGACUGGCUUUUUCACUGUGUGGGACGAUGUCGUGAUAAUCCUUCCCUGGAACUUGUAUAAGUACUAUGGAGAUUCAGAAGCACUGAAAGAAGCCUACCCGGGUAUGCAAGACUAUCUUUCUAGCAUCCAGCGCUCUCCUGAUGGUCUUUGGACGGAGGAUGGGUUGUGGCAGCUGGGAGAUUGGUUGGAUCCAAAUCCGCAGGAGCCAGGCCUUGCCCGUACCGACGGGGUGCUUGUGGCUGAUGCAUUCCUUGUCCACGUCACUGGACUAAUGGCCAAGAUUGCUGCCGUUCUACAUAAGGAGGCCGAUGUUAUCCGUUACGAAGCCGACAUGAGAAGACUUCGUGAGUGCUUUCAGGAUAAAUAUAUAACUCCAAAGGGCCUUGUUGCCGGUGACUCACAAACAGCAUUGGCCCUUGCCCUAGUUUUGGCCUGCACGGCGAGGGUGCUGCCCAGAGGAAAGUAG